AUGGAUCGUUUGUGUAUUUCGUCUAAUGCUAUUGUUUUCGAACAGCGUGUUGGAUUUCUCACGGGUCAGGCAGGGCGCAGCGCUCUUGGUAUGAGUGGCCUUCCAACUACAGCUCUGGCGCUUAUUUGGACAUUAUCCGAUGUAAAUAAAGAUGGGAAACUCAAUGUUGACGAGUUCUGCAUAGCAAUGCAUCUGAUCGACAUGUUUAAGGCGGGCUAUGCACUACCUGAUCAGACCCCUCCUGAGUUGGUACAAAUGUGUGGGAUGUCGAGGUCUGCUAACAACAGCCCGCAACUAGAACCUGGUGCGCCACCAGCCCAGAAGAGUCCAGCACCAAAAACUUUCGAAGACAAGCGAAUGGAUAAUUUUGCACGGGGGCAAGCUGAGCUCGAGCGCAGGAGACAAAUACUGAUGGAAGAGGAAAAUCGACGUCGAGCUGAAAUUGAAAAACGCGAAAGGGAAGAAGCCGAGAGGAAAGAAAGGGAACGACUGGAAAAGGAGAGGCAACGAGAAAUCGAGCGACAGGCUGAAUUA